CAUUUUUCUCUUUUCUUUUGCGUCUACUCGGUAUAUAUACUGAAUUUUGCAGAACUUCUAUAAAUUGUGACGUGUUUGCGUCAGCACUAUCCCAUAUCUGGGGUGCUUAUAGUGUUUCGCAAAACACAUACAUCAGUCAAGCUCAAUCUGCUGCCAGCCACAUUUAUCUUUAACGAUGUAUCUUUCUGUACUCAGUACGUUAGGCGGACUUCUUCUUACCACGGCUGCCGAGUCAACGUUUACCCCGGCACGCCCACCGUCGCUACCUCUAGCAGUAAAGAACCCUUACCUAAGCACUUGGCUUCCUGCCGGUAGCGAUGGCGGCAACGGAGGCUAUCUCCCCGGACAAUGGCCCCAAUUCUGGACGGGCCAAUGGCUUGGCUGGACUGGUUUAAUCCGUGUAGAUGGCAAGACGUUUACAUGGAUGGGCACACCGAACGAUAUCGACGUUGCCAGCCAAGUAGCCUAUGAGUACACAUCCACCAGAAGUAUCUUCACCAUCGAGGCGGACGACAAGGUCACCGUGAAGAUCACCUUCUUGUCGCCCCUUACACCAAACGAUUUCAAGCGCCAAUCUUUGAUCUUCUCGUACAUGGAAGUUGAAGUGUCUUCUCUAAAUGGCACGACCCAUGAUGUACAGAUAUACACCGACAUCAGUGCAGAAUGGGUCUCGGGCAAUACUUCAGCCACCGCGCAGUGGGAGUCUGGUGUCGCAGAUGACCUUACAUAUCACAAAGUGUGGAAGCAGAACCAACAACUCUUUUCCGAGAGCAGCGAUCGAGCUGAAUGGGGAAACUUUUACUAUGCCACGGAUUUAAACGACACUGUCACUUCUCAAUCGGGCGCUGAUGUGGAUGUUCGUGGGGCUUUUGUGGACAGUGGGAAACUUGAUAAUUCUACAGAUGGCGACUUUCGUGCUAUCAAUGACAAGUGGCCCGUGUUCGGGUAUGCUGUGGAUUUCGGUUCUGUGGGAACUGUGCCGGUGUCGCAGUUGUUUACGAUUGGAUUGUGUCAGGAUGAGGCUAUUCAGUUCCUUGGUGCGGAUGGGCUGACUACGCUACCUUCCCUUUGGAAGGACUACUUUGACGAUGAUACUGCUGCUCUCUCAUUCUUUCACAAGGAUUACUCUGAGUCGAGUAAGCUGUCAAUGCAGCUAGAUGACCAAAUCUGGAACGACUCCGUGGCUGCAGCCGGGGAGAACUAUGCUAUACUGACAUCUUUGGCCGCUCGUCAGGCUUUCGCGGCUACACAGCUCGUGGGUACCCAGGACAAGCAUUAUCUCUUUCUCAAGGAGAUUUCUUCGAACGGUAAUACUCAGACCGUCGAUGUCAUUUAUCCUGCGUCGCCCAUCUUUUUCUACACGAAUCCAGAGCUUAUCAAGUUACUGUUGGACCCGCACUUCGAAAACCAAGAAAGUGGUCACUAUCCGAAUAGAUAUGCUAUCCACGAUCUGGGGGCACACUAUCCUAAUGCGACUGGCCAUCCAGAUGGGAAUGACGAACAGAUGCCUCUCGAAGAAUGUGGAAACCACAUGAUAAUGGUUCUAGCCUACGUUCAGCGUUCCGGAAACACAGACUACAUCAAGCAGCACUAUCCCAUCCUGAAGCAAUGGGUCGAAUACCUGGUAGAAGAUAGUCUUUUACCCGCUGAGCAACUCUCAACCGAUGAUUUCGCCGGCCACCUCGUCAACCAGACAAACCUCGCUCUGAAAGGCAUCAUCGGGCUAGAAGCAAUGUCCCAAAUGUCCAAGCUCAUCGGCGAAGACGCAGACGCACAGAACUACACCACCAUCGCCCAUGACUACAUCACUAAAUGGGAAGACCUUGGCAUCAACAAAGCGGAUGAUCCUCCGCACGCAAUGCUUAAUUACAACAACGCCAGCACACACGGUCUGCUGUACAAUCUCUACAACGACAAACUUGUUAACACGGAUCUUGUUCCACAGGAAAUCUACGAUAUGCAAUCAGCCUUCUACCCUACUGUCAAGGAGAACUACGGGGUCCCGCUCGACACGCGCAAUCGGUACUACACAAAGGCUGAUUGGGAGAUCUUCUGCGCUGCUGUUGCGAGCGAGGACACGAGGAAUAUGUUUAUCAGUGAUCUUGUGAGGUGGAUCAAUGAGACGCCGACGAGUAAGCCGUUGACGGAUUUGUUUGAGACGAGUGAUGGGAGGUAUCCAGGGGGGGUUGAGUUCAAAGCUAGACCGGUGAUGGGGGGUAUGUUUGCGCUGUUGGCGUUACAGGGGUAUACGAACGCGAUCUAGGGCUCUCUUUGGUGUUGGUUUGUGUCGCUUUUGCGGUUUGGAUUUGAGUUUCGCUGUUUAGUAUGCUGAGAGUUUAUUCUUUUUGUCAUAUAUUCUUAUAGCCACUACUCGCUUUUUCUCCACGC